AAAAAAUUACGUCUGUCGAAAAUCGCUGCUUGCAAACCACCGGCGUUCCAGCGAUAAAUUUGUAUUGGCACUCUCCUAUCGCGAGAUCGAAUCAACGCUCACAACAUGCCACGGAAUCAAUGGAUGCGUUUGGGGUCCAGCUGACCGUAUGCUUAAUAGCUUCAAUUACACCGAAGGGCAGAGAGGUGUCCAGAGGCCUGGAGUGUCUGGACGGGAGCCAAUCGUCAAGCAGCGCACCCCAGCAUCUCGCUCAUCUUACCCGCGAUAGCUUGUUAUCUCCGCCGAGUGUAGAGGGGCUCUAUCAGCCGUAGAUUGGUCUGCUGGAAGCGCGUGUUUGUCUGUGAGACUGUAGGCUAAUCAACCGUGAAUAGCAACGCAUCACUUUGGGAAGGAAUGCGAUUCACGCGGCCAUUCAGUCGAUUGCGAACCGUUCUCCAGCUGCCUUCGUAGCCCGACGACGAUGCGAUCGUCGGAAGAAAGUGCUGAGCGUGCUAGCGGUAGCAGCAGGUCCAGCACCACGACGCCACAGUUACCACAGAAGCCAACGGGACUGCCGGACGGUGAUGAUAGGAGUUUACCGGAUAGCGUUACGACGGUGGCGUCACAACGAGUGCCAUGGUAUCGCAAGAUUUCCGUUGAACCAACGAUGUUCCUGUAUAUGAUGGCAUUCAUGCUAACCUCGGUCGUGGAGCAAGCGUUCUUCCUGUACAAAGCCUGCACGGUCGAUCAUGGGUACUCGCAUGAAGUCUGUCUCAACAUUGAGCAGUACCAGGACAUCAAGAAGGAGGUCCAGGUUACGACGUCCACCUUUCAUCAGUGGAACAACAUCGCCAUGUACGUGGUGCCCAUCUUUCUGGCCAUGUUUCUCGGUGCUUGGUCGGAUCGGAGAGGCCGCAAGCUUCCGCUGGUGCUCGGACUGAUCGGGAAGCUGUUCUACUCGGUCAUGAUAGUGGUGAACACGCGGAUGCCCACGUGGCCCGUCGAGUAUAUUAUCUACACGGCGACACUGCCCAGUGUGCUGACCGGUGCCGAUAUAGCGAUCUUUGCAAGCUGUUUCGCUUACAUCUCCGAUAUCACGACGGUGGAGGAGCGCACGCUGCGUAUAACGAUUCUGGAUGCAACUUACCUUAGCACGAUGCCAAUCGGUGUAGCACUCGGUAAUGUGAUCUUCAACCACACCGGCAAAUCGUACACGAUCAUGUUCGCUAUUAAUGCCUCGCUGCUUGCCUGCUCAAUCAUCUACUCCGUGCUGUUCCUGAAAUCACGAACCACCGAACGGCAGUGUUCUAUCCGUGAACUCCCGUGGUAUCGGAUGCCACUCGAUUUCUUCGACCGUCAGCACAUUGUUCGUUCGGUGCAAACGUUCGUGAAGAAGCGCACACUGCAUCGACGCACCUAUCUGUAUCUGCUCAUGGUGGCCAUGUCGUUCUACACGUUCCAGCGGGAUGAGAAACCGAAAAUGUACCUGUACACUCAGCUGCGCUUCAACUGGGAUACGGAUCUGUAUAGCUACUUCAAGACGUACCAAUCGGCGGCCUAUGUUGUGAUGAUGUUCCUCGGUGUACCGUUCUUUACGCGUGUGCUGGGCCUUAAGGAUACGAUCAUCAUCAUGAUUGGUGCCCUCGCACAUGCCAGUGCUCGUUUUGUGUACAUUUUUGCUCAGGUUGGCUGGGUGCUGUACAUAGGGGCCACGAUUUCCAGUGUCGGUCCCGUGGUGGCACCCGUCCUGCGCUCGAUGAUAUCGAAAAUGGUGCCAAACACGGAGCGGGGAAUCAUUUUCUCCUUCCUGUCCGUGUUCGAUAACGCGGUGCCGCUGUUUAGCGGUGUGCUCUACACGCAGGUGUACAAUUCCUCGAUCAACACGUACCCGCAAGCGGUUUUUCUGCUCACGAUGGGUACCCAGAUGGUGGUUUUCUUCAUAGCGCUUGCGAUUCACUUUUCAUUGCGAGGGCGAACACUGGACGAGAGUGCACCGAUCGAUAAACCACCGAGCACAACGCUGAUCGACGGUGAUUUGAAAGAUCACGCUAUCCAAGCGGCAUUUCCAAACGGUAACAGCCAACAACGGUGAUGCUGCGUAGGUUUUCGGUGUUCAAAAGACCGGAAACGGCCCUUUCGUGGUCCGGUGAUAUUAUGCCAACUUUAUUGCAUCGCUAUCGUGGUGCUAGAAUGUAAGCCAAGGACAGGUUGCCUCCGAUCAGUAGCGAUUAGUAGUGGCCUUGUCAGCGAAGCAAACUCUCAACGAUUCCUCGGCGAUGUGCGUCGGUUUGUGCGGUGGGACGGCCACCUGCGCAAACAUCUUGAGCCCAUUCGUCAACAGUUCGAUCGCCUCGUCGAUACGCUCAUUCUAAAUGGAACGAAAGCAAACGGAGAUAUUAGUGUUUAACAAGGCGGUUUGAUUCCUUUUCCGGUAGGGAUAAGACAGGUACAGGGAUACGACAUGGUCGUGAGGUUCCAAAAAUAAAGUAGCUAUUAGGCUAGAGCUUAAACACAUA